CGCCGCCCUGUAAGGCAGGUGGUUCAGGUACUGUGUCCAUUUCACAGAUGUGAAGACUGCCUCACAGAAAAGGACUCGCCCGCAGCUGGCAGCCGUCAGCCAGGAUCGAAGCCGGAGUCUCCCGAGAUUACGCCCGGCGCCCGGACACCUGCGCUCCGUACCCCCGGGGGGCUGUAAGCGCCGGGACCGCGUCUUCCCUCCAUCGAGUCCUUCCUCCAGUGGGUGUUUAAGCAGUUUUUGUUCCAACGAAUGCAGGGGCCGGCGCGGGUUAUCCUAGAGGGGCUGGGGGUGGGGGUCCGGCCUGGGCCCCUCCGUCCCCCGUACCGGCCUUCGCUGGAGCGGAGCUUAGGCGGCGCCGCCUCGCUGGGUCGGGGAUCGGGGCGUCAGGACUCGGGGGGUUGUGCGCGGGCCACCGUGGCCUUCCCCGCCCUCCCCCACCCCGCACCGGGGGAGAAACGGGGCCCGCGGCGAGUAAUGACUGGGACGCGGAGAGCCCCGCCGGGCCCGGGAGGGAGGGGGGGCGAAGCGCAUCGCCACACACCCACGCGCGAGCCCGCUGGGGCCGCAGGGGGCCGCCGGCCCGCCCCCUCCCACCAGUUACCUAGGGAACGUUGUCUCCGCGUUCCAUCCGUGCGGGCGCUCGGCGCCUCCCCCUCCCCCACGCGGAUGACGUCAUGGUCGGUACCCACCUCCCCCCCUCCUCUCCCCUCCCCAGUCUUGGGGCGAGCUGCUCUCGGACAGCGCGGAGAGAGGGAGGGGAGCGGGGAGGGGGCGGGGCGGGCACUGCUGCAGGGCGCGGGCGGGGGAAGCCGGGGAGGGGCCGGGCUGUGCACCUGCGCCGCUUCGGCCUCAGCCCCGGCCCGGCCCGGCCCCGGCCCAGCCAUGGCCAAACCUCAGCGGACCCCGGCGCGGAGCCCCGACAGCAUCAUCGAGGUGAAGAGCAAAUUCGAUGCCGAGUUCCGGCGCUUUGCCCUGCCCCGAGCCUCGGUGGGAGGCUUCCAGGAGUUCUCCCGGCUGCUUCGGGCCGUGCACCAGAUCCCGGGCCUGGACGUGCUGCUGGGCUACACCGACGUGCACGGGGACCUGCUGCCGCUCACCAACGACGACAACCUGCACCGGGCGCUGGCCAGCACGCACCCGCCCCUCCGCCUGCUGGUGCAGAAGAGGGCAGAAGCCGAUCCCACGGGCAUGGCCUUUACCUCCAACUCCUUGCAGCGCCGGAAGAAGGGGCUGCUCCUCCGGCCCGCGGCCCCCCAUCGGACGCGGCCCCCACUCCUCAUCAGCCUUCCCCAGGACUUCCGUCAGAUUUCCUCCGUCAUCGACGUGGACCUGCUGCCUGAGAGCCACCGGCGAGUGAAGCUGCACAAGCACGGCUCGGACCGCCCGCUGGGCUUCUACAUCAGGGAUGGCGUUAGCGUGCGCGUGGCGCCCCAAGGCCUGGAGAAGGUGCCCGGCAUCUUCAUCUCCCGCCUGGUGCGGGGCGGCCUGGCCGAGAGUACCGGGCUCCUGGCCGUCAGUGAUGAAAUCCUGGAGGUCAACGGCAUCGAUGUGGCCGGCAAGUCGCUGGACCAGGUGACAGACAUGAUGGUGGCCAACAGCCACAACCUCAUUGUCACCGUCAAGCCGGCCAACCAGCGCAACAACGUGGUGCGGGCCGGGGCGGGCCGACCCGCGGGGGUGCAGCCCACCGCGCCCCUCCCUCCCGCAGAAGUUCCCGAGCCAGACAGCGAUGAGGACAGUGACCUGGUCAUCGAGAGCCAUGGGCUGCCUGGCUACCUCCCGCCCUGCCCAAACGGGACGCCUCCGGCCCCCUCCCCCAGGGACUUGCGGCCCAGCCGCUCACUCCCUGGCUCUCGAGGGUCCUUACAGUCACUGGACAGUCAGGACGGGGCCAGCCCUGCCCGGGGGGGCAGUCUAAGGGAAGAUGGCAGUGGUGUCACCCUAUAGUUCGGGCUUUGCCCGGCCGAACCCUGGGGUUGCUGUCCUGCUCACACACACCUCUGGCCCCUGCCUGGGCUGGUGGACACCGGGGCCAAGGAGGGAUAAGGGUCCCCCAAGGUGCCCCUCCUCGACCUCCGCCUCCCUCCCCGGUCCCAAGCUCUCUCUUGGCGGGCAGCCGGACGGGGAGCUGCCUUUUCAUGAGCUGAGGCGGGGCCUUUGCUCACACGUCCUUCCAUCUGUGAAAUA